AUGAAGGGGGUGCUUGCGUUAGCGGGGGCCGUCUCCAUCGCCCUUAUGCGAGUCGCUGGCGCCGCGUACACGACUGAAAUGGCGCUUUGCACUGACAUGUGCCCUACUUCCACCUUGGUAGCGGAUGAUGGUGCGGGCAUUUCGCGGUGCUUCGACGCCUGCAAGCGGCUUAUACACCGCGUGAAGUAUGGAGACGUGCUAGAUAACUUGAAGAUUGAUGACCACGUCAGUGCACCCAAGGAUAGCCCGCUUAAGCGGAUUCGCAAAGUAUUGGCCAAGAAAAAAACAGGCGGUUCAACAUCAUCAGCGGGCAGCUCUGGCUCGGAAAGCGAUUCAUAG